ACAAACUCUAAAGGAUAAGGGCACUGACUGCAAUGAGCCCACAGUCUCACUUACAGAGAGACAUCGUUAUGAAAGUGCAUUGAAUGAAAGCUUGUUGUGCUUUUUACUGUCAUGUUGCGCGUGGCAGUGGAAUCUGCGGCGGGUUUGCCCAAGAAGAAACUGGGCAGUCCAGACCCCAUCGCAUCUGUCGUGUUUAAAGACGAAAAGAAGAAAACCAAGUCCAUUAGCAAUGAACUGAACCCAGUGUGGAAUGAGACACUUGAGUUUGAUUUAAAAGGUGUUCCUCUUGAUUCUUCCUCCUACAUUGAUGUGCUUGUGAAAGACCACGAGACUCUUGGCAAAGACAAGUUGAUUGGAUCUGCUAAAGUCUCUUUAAAAGACCUUGCCAGUAGCCAAGUUAAAUCUCUCCCAGUGAAAAACUUGGCUCUAGUGGAUGAAAAUGGCAAGGGCAUAGGAGGGACCAUCAGCAUGAUGAUUGGCUAUGAGCCGCCUGCCGGUGCUGUGACGAAUCCACAAGAUCAACAAGAUGGCAGCAUGGGUGGAAACACAGCUGGGGGUGAAGAGGGUGACUCCACUGAUUCUGGGGCACCGGGUGCUGCCACGUCCCCUGGUGAGCCUGGCCAGAAACUUCGGACUAGGACAAGGAAACGUCAUAAUUUGGCCAACAAACCUCAGGAUUUUCAGAUACGUGUGCGGGUGAUUGAGGGACGUCAGUUGCCUGGAAAUAACAUCAAACCUGUGGUCAAAGUCCAUGUGUGUGGAGACACACACAGAACUAGGAUCAGGAAAGGAAAUAACCCAUACUUUGAUGAGAUAUUCUUUUUCAAUGUCAACAUGUUGCCCUCUGAACUGUUUGAUGAGGUUGUAAGCUUCCGGGUGUAUAACUCUUCUUCUUUUAGAUCAGACUGUCUCAUGGGUGAAUUCAAGCUUGAUAUUGGCUACAUCUAUGAUGAACCAGCUCACUGUAUCAUGAAGAAAUGGGUUCUCCUGAGUGACCCAGAUGACUCAAGCUCAGGAGCCAAGGGUUAUAUCAAAGUCAGCAUGUUUGUGUUGGGAACAGGAGAUGAGCCGCCGGUGGAAAGGAAGGAGGAGGACAAUGAUAAAGAUGAUGUGGAGAGUAACUUGCUGCUGCCCGCUGGCGUCGCUCUCCGAUGGGUUACACUUAAACUCAAAGUGUUUCGGGCUGAGGACGUCCCCCAGAUGGAUGACUCCAUCACCCAGACUUUAAAAGCAGCAUUUGGGGGUGAAGAAAACAAGAAAAAUCUAGUGGAUCCAUUUGUUGAGGCCUGUUUUGCUGGCAAAAAGCUCUGUACACAAAUAAUUGAGAAGAAUGCAAAUCCAGAGUGGAACCAGCAGCUCAAUCUGCAGGUCAAGUUCCCAUCCAUGUGUGAAAGAAUCAAACUGACUGUAUUUGACUGGGAUCGCCUCUCUGGAAAUGAUGCCAUAGGCACCACGUAUUUGGAUCUGUCCAAAAUAGCAUCCUCUGGUGGUGAAGUUGAAGAGGAUUAUCCAGGAGAUGAAUUUUCAGCAAAAAAAGGAGAGACUGGGGAAUCUGAGAUGGGCUUCCUGCCUACUUUUGGGCCUUGCUAUAUAUGUCUGUAUGGCAGUCAGAGAGAGUUCUCAGGCUUACCUGACCCAUAUGACGACCUUAAUUUAGGAAAGGGUGAAGGGGCGGCUUAUCGAGGGAGAGUUCUUGUUGAACUCUCUACUAAACUUGAUGGAAAGCCUGACAAGUCUGUGGAAGAAAUAUCAAGCGACGAUAUCUUGGUUGUUCAGAAAUACCAGCGCAGAAGGAAGUAUUGUCUGUGUGCAGUGUUUCACAGUGCGACCAUGAUUCAAGAACCGGGGGAGCCCAUUCAGUUUGAAGUUAGCAUCGGGAACUAUGGCAACAAGAUGGACCAAACGUGCAAACCUCUGGCUUCGACCACACAGUACAGCUGUGCUGUUUUUGAUGGUAAUAAUUACUACUACCUGCCAUGGGGCGACACUAAACCUGUGAUUUCCAUCACAUCCUUUUGGGAGGAUAUCAGUCACCGGUUAGACUCACUGAACAUCAUUCUGUAUAUAUCUAACCGUUUGCAAACAAACCUCAGUAUGUUGAAGUCUGCAGUACUGUCCAAAGCUACAGAUGCAAGACUAGUAGAAAUCUGGCUGAAGCUCAUCAAUCAGUUAAUGGAAGAUAUCACCAGUUUAAAAAUUCCUGACCUGGAGGGGAAGCCCAAUCUCACAGCCCUGGAUAUUCAGAUAAAGAAGUUGCGGGACAGUGCUCUGGAAAGCAUCAUGGAGGGGGCCAAACACUUGUUUGAGGAGGCCACAGAUGUUACUAAGUGCUUGAGCAUCAUUGAAACCUGGCUUGACAAACUCCUGAAACUUGCUGAGGAGCCUCAGAACAGCAUGCCUGAUGUGAUUAUCUGGAUGUUGAGAGGAGAGAAGAGGGUAGCAUACACCCGCAUCCCAGCCUAUCAAGUGCUGCAUUCAUCCUACUGUGAGCAGGCAUGUGGCCAGUUCUGCGGGAAGAAUCAGACUGUCUUUAUGCAGUAUCCCAUGGACGACAAAAAAGGUUUGAAGAUUCCCGUCCAGAUACGUGUGAACAUGUGGCUUGGGCUGGCAACAGAAGAAAAGAAGUUCAAUAAUUAUGCAGAGGGGAUUUUCAAUGUAUUUGCAGAACUGUAUGAAAACCAGGCUCAAGUUUUGGGAAAAUGGGGCACCACUGGUCUGCUUAAUCGCAGCAAGUUCUCUGAUGUCACAGGCAAAGUUAAGCUGAAGCAGGAGUACUUCAUGCCCCCUGUUGGCUGGGAGUGGGAAGGCGAUUGGCGUGUUGAACCAGAGAAAACUCUGCUGAUUGAGGCUGAUGCUGGACACACAGAGUUUGUGGAUGAGGUCUAUGAGAAUGAGACUCGAUUCCCAGGAGGAGAAUGGAAGCUUGCUGCGGAGCCUUACACUGAUGUGAAUGGAGAAAAAGUUCAGAGCCCUACAGAGAUUGAAUGCCCACCUGGCUGGAAGUGGGAGGAUAACUGGACUUUUGAUGGUAAUCGGGCCGUCGAUGAGAAAGGUUGGGAAUAUGGUGUCACCAUUCCACCUGAUGAUAAGCCCAAAUCUUGGGUGGCAGCUGAGAAGAUGUACCAUGUUCAUCGUCGCAGAAGAAUGAUCCGCCCUCGCAAAAGGAUUCCUGGUGUCAAAACAGCCACUGAUAAGAAGGAUGCAGGAGAUGCAGAAGGAUGGGAAUACUCCUCUCUCAUUGGCUGGAAGUUCCACAGGCAGCAGCGAUCCUCUGACACGUUCCGCCGACGGCGCUGGAGAAGGAAGAUGGCACCCUCUGGUCGAGUUGGAGCCUCUGCCAUUUUUAAACUGGAGGGGGCUCUGGGCGUCGACAUGGAAUCUAAAGUUGAAGAAAAAGGCACCAAAGCAGAAGCUUCAGUUCAGCAGUUUGGUGCAAACAGGCCAACUGUAUCAUGCACAUUUGAUGGACCCAAUGCGUACCACUUGAGAGUUUAUGUUUACCAAGCCAGAAACCUUUUUGCUCUGGACAAAGACAGCUUCUCAGAUCCAUACGUCCAUGUGUCGUUCUUGCAUAACAGCCAAACAACAGAGACAAUCCGAAGCACCUUGAACCCGACAUGGGAUCAGACUCUUAUAUUUAAAAAUGUGGAAAUCUAUGGUGAUCCCCAGUCUCUCGCCCAGAAUCCUCCCAGAGUGGUAAUGGAAAUCUUUGACAACGAUCAAGUGGGUAAAGAUGAAAUGCUUGGCAGAAGUACAUGUGUACCUUUGGUGAAGUUGACUUCAGGUGAAGAUGGAUCACCUAAACUCCUCUGGGAGCCUGUAAUGUACAAAAAUGCUCCUGCUGGGGAGGUUCUAGUGGCUGCAGAGCUCAUUUUAAAGACCAAGGGAAAUGACACUGAGCUUCCCCUUGCUCCUGCUAAACGAGGAGAGAAGCUCUAUAUGGUUCCUCAGGGGGUACGACCGGUGGUGCAGCUCACUGCCAUAGAGGUUCUAGCAUGGGGAUUACGUAACAUGAAGACAUAUCAGCUGGCUCCAGUUACUUCACCCAGUCUGGUGGUGGAGUGCGGAGGAGAGAGUGUUCAGACAGCUGUCAUCAAGAACAUAAAGAAGUGCCCUAAUUUCCAAGGAAAUGUCCUCUUUUUCAAAGUGCUUCUACCCAAAGAAGAGAUAUAUGCUCCCCCUAUAGUGCUGAAAGUCAUCGAUCACAGACCCUUUGGAAGGAAGCCCGUGGUGGGUCAGUGCACGAUAAGUUCCCUGGAAGAGUUUCGAUGUGACCCUUAUGUCACAGUAGCUGAUGUCGCCUUGUCUUCAAAAAUGUCUUUGAUGGCAGCUGGUCCAAGAGACCUCCAUGUAAACAUUGAUGACGACAGACAGCAUCUUCUAGAAGCUCAGUACAUGUAUGGCAUCUCAGCUGCUGUUGACAAAAUGGGCACUGCUAGUCAACUUCAACGUGAGAAGGAGAAAGAGACUGUUGAUUGGUGGAGUAAGUUUUAUGCUUCUGUUGGACAGAGUGAGAAAUGCCGCCCAUACCUUGACAAAGGUUAUGACACAUUACAAGUUUAUGACUGUGAGCUUGAAAGUGUAAAUGAAUUCAUGGGUCUUACCGAUUUCUGCAAAACAUUCAAAUUGCAACGUGGGAAAAAGGAAUGUGACGAUGAUGAUGAUCCCGCUGUAGUUGGAGAAUUCAAGGGCUCCUUUAAGGUCUACCCAUUGCCAGAUGAUCCAGGGGUGGCUCCUCCGCCACGUCAGUUCAGAGAGCUGCCCGACAGCGUCUCUCAGGAGUGUGUGGUCAGGAUCUACGUGGUUCAAGCCAUCGACCUGCAACCCAAAGACAACAAUGGCAAAUGUGACCCAUACAUCAAAAUCUCUUUGGGGAAAAAGUCUAUUGAGGACAGAGACAACUAUGUGCCGUAUUCACUCAACCCAGUGUUUGGCAGAAUGUUUGAAAUGACAUGCUUCCUCCCACAAGACAAAGACCUGAAAAUUGCAGUAUAUGACUUUGAUUUGCUCACCCGUGAUGAGAAAGUUGGGGAGACGGUGAUUGACUUGGAAAACCGUUUCCUUUCUCACUUCGGUUCCUACUGUGGUUUACCCCAGACAUACUGCGUUUCUGGAUUAAACCAGUGGCGCGAUCAGCUCAAACCAUCUCAGAUUCUUGAACAUCAUGCCCGUUUGAAAGGAUUGAGUCGACCCAGGAGUGAAGACAAUGGAAACACUUUAUCCUUUGGUGGCCGAUUGUAUUCCCUCUCUGACUUUGAAGCGAACAAGAAAAUUCACGAACACCUGGGUCCGCCAAGUGAACGGCUCGCUCUGCACGUCCUCAGAACUCAAGGCCUUGUUCCGGAGCAUGUUGAAACCAGAACUCUCUUAAGUAGCUUCCAACCGACUCUCCCGCAGGGAAAACUCCAGAUGUGGGUAGACAUUUUCCCCAAAAGCCUUGGGCCUCCUGGACCUCCUUUUGACAUAUCUCCUCGCAAAGCAAAAAAAUACUUUCUGCGAGUCAUCGUUUGGAACACGUCUGACGUAGUUUUGGAUGAAACCAGCAUUACUGGUGAAAAUAUGAGUGACGUCUAUGUAAAGGGUUGGAUGCCAGGUAUGGAAGAAGAUAAGCAAAAAACAGAUGUCCAUUAUCGUUCUUUGGAUGGCGAAGGAAAUUUCAACUGGAGAUUUGUCUUUGGAUUUGAAUACCUGCCUGCGGAGCAGCUUUGUCUUGUAUCUAAAAAGGAACAUUUCUGGAACCUCGACAAAUCAGAGUUUAGAAUCCCACCCAAGCUGAUUGUUCAAAUAUGGGAUAAUGACAAAUUCUCACUGGAUGAUUACUUAGGUGCGAUUGAACUUGAUCUGCACCACCUCAUCAACCCUUCCAAAACACCCGAGAAAUGUAACCUUACCAUGGUGCCGGAUGGAACUACGCAUCCAAAAUCAGACCAGUUCAAGUCUCUUUUUGACCAGAAGACAGUUAGAGGAUGGUGGCCAUGUUACAUGGAUAAAGAUGGGAAGAGGGAGCUUGGUGGAAAGGUAGAGUUGACUUUGGAGAUUGUGAAUGAGAAGGAAGUGGAUGAGAGACCUGCUGGAAAAGGCAGAGAUGAUCCCAAUAUGAAUCCGAAACUGGAUCCUCCUAAGCGACCCGAAACCUCGUUCUUUUGGUUCUCAAGUCCGUGCAAGACGUGCAAGUUCAUAGUGUGGCGAAAGUUUAAGUGGAUGUUCAUCGGCCUGAUUGUGCUGGUCUUAGUGCUAUUAUUCAUUGGGAUCUUGUUGUAUUCAUUACCAAACUACAUCUCCAUGAAAAUCGUCAAACCCUUCAAUUGAGUGCAGGAGGAGUUCAACUUUUUGUUGUUUUAUCCAUGCAAUGUAUUUGGCAUGAUCAGGGUUUCACGCAGUUAACAGAAAGGGUUCAUACAGACAAUCAAUACAGUGUUUGCUUUGUUGUGGUUGUUAAUUUUUCAUGUGGUUGUUUAGGUUUUUCCAUUAAUCACUCUUUUGCACCCUUUAUUCAAUUUUACCAUGAAUUUUCACUUUUUUUGUUGAGGUUUCACUGAUGUUUGGCAACAUUUGUACACAAACCAUGAAGUGUUUUCUAUUGUGGAAAUAUUUUAUUGUUUUAUAUUCUCAGAUCAUUUUAAAGUUAUAACAUUGUUAAAUAAAGACACAAUAUGUUUGUUUAAAUUGUGUCCAUUUGUUUUUGUGUCAAUUUAAAUUGUCCAAGUGUAAGUCUAAUAUUGGUACUGAUAUAUUCUGCAUAUUCAUGUACUGGAAAGAAAUUCAUUGAACUGGUCAGAAGAUUAAUGGUAAAUAUUUUGCCUUGUCGGAGUAGCCGAUUUACACCUUGACCAUGGCCUAGAAUGGGUGUUGCAUUUUUGUAACUAUUUGACGA